CUCUUCCGCUUCUGACCCACUUUCUGCAGCCUGACAUUACGAACCUAUUUUCCACCCUAACAACACCUUACUUCCAGCAGCGCCAUGAGUUUCCUGGACCUGCCGCACCACGCCGCGCACGGCCACUCCGACUUCCUCACCUACCGCCUGCUGCAGCCGCUGCCGCACCACAGCUCGUCGCUAGGCCACCACCAACAUCAACAUAAUCAGCAGCGGCAGCCGGUGUCGGUGUGUCUGGCAUGCCUGUUGGACAGCCUGGCGGACGAGGCCGAGCUGCCCUCGCGCAAGGCGUUCGUCCUCAGGCACGUUUGUGAGAUGCUGUCGGCGGGGCGCGGCACCAGCAGCGCACAUGGCGGCGGUGGCGGCGGCAGCGCGGCCGACCCAGCGGCGGCGGCGGCGGCGCAGCGGCUGGCGCGAGACGUAGCGCUGCGUCAUGCGUCGCUGCUGGUGCCGGCGCUGGUGGCGCUGCUAGCGCAGGCGGCGGCGGCAGGCGGCGGCGGUGCUGGUGGUGGCUGUGAUGCUGGAGGUGGUGGCGAUGGCGGCGGGGCUCUGCUCGCGGCGGGGUUGUGUGAGCUGUGUCUAGCGCUGUGCCGCGCCGCGUGCGCCGCAGCCGCGGCGGCGGCGGCGGCGGCUGGAGAGGAGUCAUGGGUGGGGCUGGGCGGCGGCGGCAGCGGUGGCGGCGAGGGAGCUGCUGCAGGCUUCUUGGCGGAAAUGUUUAUGAGCAGGUGUAUCGCAGCCGUACAAGACUUUGUGGCAGCCGCGCAGCAGGAGCAGCAACAACAGCAGCAACAACCGCACGGCUACUACCAUCCCGGGGGCGAACCCGAGCCCACAACGGCAGCGGCGGCGGCGGCGCCGCCGCCUCCCCUACAGCUGUUGCAGCUGCUGCUGGCUCUGACAGCUCCGGAUGUUGGCGUCAGCGGCGCCGCCACGGCACUGCUCGUACGCAGCAUGCUAGCGGGCGCGCCGCCGCCGCCGCCGCCGCCGCCGCCAGAGUCUGCACCGUACACGGUGGCGGCGGCGGCGGCGGCUUCGCCGUCGGCUCUUCUGCAGAGCCUGGCGGCGGCACUUGACCUUGGCACGGACCCGCGAGUGCUCUGUCUGGCGCUGCGGCUGCUGCUUUUGGCGGUGGACCCCGUGGCAGUGGCGCUGUCGCAGCAUGGCGGCGGCGGCGGCGGCAGUUACGGCGGUUACGGUGGCUAUGGUGGCGGCGGUUUUGGCGGUAGUGGUGGUGGGCCACUGGCGCCUGCUGAGGAGGCGGCGGAGGCGGCAGCGGGUGCGCUGGUGGCGGCGGCAGGCCAGGCGCUGUUUGAGCGUUGCCUCACGUGCGGGGUGAUGUCUGCGGCGGCGGGUGGCGGGGUGGGAGCGGGAGGGCGGGGAGGCGGAGGUGGUGGUGAGCCGGUGGCGGCAGCGGCGGCGGCGGAGGCACGUGGCUUGUGCCUGCAGCUGCUGACGGUCCUCGCGGAACGAGGCUGCCUGCUGGACCAGACGCACGGCGGCGCGGGCCUGGACCUGGCCGCCAGCCGCCGCCUCACCGCCCACCUGGCAACAGCACUCAAGCCCUGCCUACUGGCAGCCAACAGCAGCAGCAGCAAGCAACGCCGCAGCCACCCGCGGCUGGUGCAGCAGCUGAUCGCGGCGGACCUGCCCGAAUACCUGUUCGAGGCGCUGAGGAGCGCGCAAUCGGCUGUAGCAGCCGCGGCGGCGGCGGCAGCAGGCGGCAGUAGCAGCAGUAGCAGCGGCAGCGCGCUGGCGGCGGCUGACGCGGCCGCGUGGCAGACGGUGCGGAUGGCGGUGGCGGCGCUGCGGGCGAUGGCGCUGGAGGGCCCGCACCUGCACCCCCACAUGGCCUUUGGUGUGGAGGCGCUGGCGGAGCUGACAGCAGCUGCAGCUGCCGCCGCCGACCACGCCCUGGCCGCCGACCUGACGGCCCUGCUACAGCUGGCUGUAGCAGGCAGCGGGGACGGCAGUAGCGGCAGCAGCGGCGGCGGCGGCGGCGGGGGCACCUCCGGGGCUCAGCAGCAACAGCCGGCGCUGCGGAUGCCGCUGGCGGAUGUGUUGCGCGUCAUCGCGGCGGUCGAGCCGCUCUUCCCCCGCCCCUCCGGCUGCUGGGAAACACCGGGAGGAGGAGGCAGUGGCGAGGCGGCGGUGCGGCUCUCCGAAUCCCACGCCGCCGCCUGCGCCGCCGCCUGCAGCCUGCUGACCACCCUCUGCACCGGCGGCAGUAGCAGUGGCAGUAGCGGCACCGGCGUUGACGGCGGCAGUAGCGGCAGUAGCCUGGUCUGGCAGCACGGCGCGGCGCUGCAUGGGCCGCUGCUGGGCGCGGUGUGCUCGGCGCUGAGGGGCCUGUCCGUCACCGACACCAGCAGUCUCAUGACGUUCAGCAUUGGGGUAGGCAGCGCGGGUGGUGGCGGCGGCUGGGGCGGCGGCGGCGGCAGUAGCAGUAGCGAUGGUGGGUACCUGGGCGGGGCCUGCGCGCUGCUGGUGGCGGCGGCGGAGGCGCUUCUGCCCACCGCACCGCCGGCCGCUGACGCCGACGACCCGGCGGCGGCGGUGAGUGGUGGGCGGCAGCCGGUGCGGGCGCCGCUGGGUCCCAUGCGGCUGGCGGGUCGGCUGCUGACAGCGUGGGAGCAGUGGCUGCUGCCGGCGUUUGAAAGGUGGCUGUCGGCCGCGGGCGGCCUCGCCGGCGCCCUCAGCAGCAGCAGCGCCGCAGAGGCCGCCGCCGCCCCGCUGCUGCCGGCCCUGACGCUGGUGGCGGGUGUGCUUCGAGCCGCCAACACGCCCCUCAGCGCGGCCCUGGCCGCCGUCGCCUCCCCAGCCCCUGCCUCGGCGGCGGCGGCGUCAGAGCUGCUGCAUGGUACUGCCGCCCUGGCGCUGCGGCUGCUGCAGCGCGGCUGGACUCAGUUCGUGUUUGAGCUGCUGGCGGCGGCGGCCGCCGCCGCUGCAGCCGCUGAUGCCGCGGGGGCGGCGGUGGCAGACGAGGAGAGGGCGUGGGCGGCGGCUGGGGUGGCUGCGGGUGGCGGUGGCAGAGGCGCGUUUGGCGUGGUGCGCGGCGAGGCGGCGGCGUCGGCGGCGGCAGCGGCGGCGUUGGCGGCGGAGUCGUGGCGGCUGCUGAUGCAAGUGGUGGCGGCGCUGGAGGCGGCUACGGCGGCGGGGCUAGAGGUGGAUGGGGGAGGAGGCGAUGAUGCAGGCGGCGGGGGAGGGGGCCUUGCCGGCGCGCUGAGUAACGCGCUGCUGGUGUGCCCGCUGCCGCCGCCGAGUCCGGAGGGCUCAGCCGCCGACACGGCGGGCUGGGCGGCGCUGCUGCGGGGCUUUGCUGGCGUGACACAGGUGCUGGAGUUCAUGGCGGCAGGCGGCGCGCAGCAGGUGGCGGCGAGUGGAGACGCCGCCGGCGCGGCGGCUGCGGGCGCGGCACUGGCUGCCUGCCUGCGGCUCCUGCGACUGGCCCUGGCAGCCGGUGACGUGGGCUGGGCUGUAGCUGCUGCUGCAGCGGCAGCUGCACCCGCAGCUACAGCCGCACCCGAUGGCGGCUGGAUGCCGCCCAGUGGUCUGGAGUGGCUACUGGCGGCGGCGGCGCAGCUGCUGUGUGAGCCGCUCGUGCAGAGCAUGUGGGGGGCCGCCUGGUGGCAGGCACUGCACCUGUACCGAGAGGCCGAGUCGCAGUUGUCCUCCGAGCUGGGUCCCCUGCAACUGCCGCCGCCGCUGCUGCCCGCGCUGGAGCAGGCGCUGCUGGGCUCCGACGCAGCCGCCGGGGGCGGGCGCGGGCUCUCGGGGGGUGGCGACCUUGGUUACGGCGACGGCGGCUUGCAGCAGCAGCAGCAGCAGCAGCAGCAGCAGCAGCAGCAGCAGCAGCGCGACAUGUUGGCAGACGUGGGGUCGCUGCUGUCUGCCUGGGUGCUGCAGCACGCGGACCAGCUGCCCGGUGUGGUGGCGGCCUUGCUGCCCGUCUGGCUGAUGCUGGGCACAGCCGAGUCGACGCAGGCUGCUACAGCCCCCGCCCUGCUGCUGCUACUGCCGCCCGCGCCGGUGCAGGCUACUGCCGCGCACCUGGGCUCAUCCACAGCGGCUGCGGUGGGCGCGUCCGUUGCCGUGCGACUGCUACAGCGCUGUGUGGAGGGCGGUGGCGGCGGAGCAGCCGCUACAGCUACAGCUGCAGCAGCAGGCGGUUCGCAGCAGCAGCAGGAGCAGGUGCGGCUGCUACAGCUUCUGUGCCUGCUGCUGCGACAACGUGCGGACCUGGGGCCUUCGCUGCUACAGCUGGCGGACGGGCCGGCAGACGGCCGCGGGUGCCUGCUACUGGGCAUCACUCGGCGGCUCCUACUCGACUUCACCACACCCGCCGGCGAGGUCUUGCGGGCUGCUGGCGGCGGCAGCGGUAGCAGCGGUGGCGGGGCCGCGAGCAGCUGCACCACUGCUGCCGCCGCCGCCGCCGCCGCCGCGUGUGUGUGGUGGGUGCUGCAGCUGCACAUGCAGCUGCUCAUGUCGGCGCCGGCGGCGCCGGCGGCUGCGGAGGCCCAAGAGCAGGACGGGCAGGACCAGUGGCAGCAGCAGCAGCAGCAGCGGGAGGGUGCUGCUGGCACAUACCCGGCCGCGGCGCCAGCGGGGUACGCCGAGCCCAGUGGGCACUGCUACAGCCAAGACUCCCGCGGCGCCUGGAGCGAGCAGCAGCAACAGCAACAACAGCAGCAAACACAGCGCCUGCAGCAAGGCCAGGAGGCUCUGGCAGAGGUGUGCCAGCAGCUGUCCCGCUGCUGCAGUCGCCUGCUGCAGCAGGUGGCAGCUGCAACGGGGGCGGCGGGGGCGGGUCUGGGUGGACGGCCGGGGGCUGCGGCGGCGGACGGGGUGGUGGGCAAGCGGCUGGCGGCGGCGUGCUUCGAGGCCGCAGCGCUGGCAGUGGCCUUGGAUCUGACGGCGGCCGUCUCCGGCCGGGGCUGGGGCGCGGUGCCGGGCGCCGCCGCGCUGGUGGGCAAUGCGGCGGUGCAGGCGGCGGCGCGGGAGGCCGUGGCGGAGGCGGCCGAGCUCGUGGCCAGCGGUGGUCCGCUGGACACCUGCUCGGCCUCGGCGUGCGCCGCCGCGCUGCUCCUGCUCUGCACCAGUGCCCUCCACCGCUGUGCCAGCGGACAGGCAGCGCCCGGCGGAGGCGGCGACGGCAAUGACUGGGCGGCGGCCGGGACAGAGCUGCUCGACGACUGCUUGUUGCUGAGCUGUAGCAGCAGCCGCCGGGCGGCCGCCGCACCCGCCCUGCGCGCCCUGUCGCUGCACUGCGUGUGGCUGCAACUGGUACAGCUGCCGCAGGCGGUGGCGAUGGCGGGCGGCGAGGUGGCGGCGGCGGGCGUGCGGCAGCACCCCACUCCGCAGCUGGGGGUGGAGGCGGCGGAUGGGGACGUCAUGAGUCCUGGAGAGCGGCGGGAGCUGCUGGCGUGGACACUGUGCAACGCCGCCUGCGACCCGCUGGCCGCGAUCAGGGGCCCCGCGCUGCUGGGACUGAGUCUGCUGGUCUCUCACCCGGCGGCCCAGGCAGCGGCCGGCCCUGCACGUGCCGGCACCACCGCACCCGCGUCAGCGGCUGCUCACAUGUCUGCGCCGCCGCCCUCACUGCCCGCGUCACUGCCCUGGCUGCGGCUGGUGUUGCGCUCAGUGCUGGAGCGGCUGUGCGGCUCGGCAGCGGCGGCGGCAGCAGGAGUGGGGUCUCGUGGAGGCGGCGGCGCAGCCGGCUGCGGCGGCGACGGUGGCUUUGCGGGGCUUUCUGGUGGCGAGCAAGGGACGUCGCCGCAGCAGCAGGUGCUGCUGGCGUCCCUGACGGCGCUGCCCGACAUGCUGUUCCUGAGGUGCCUGUUGGAGCAGGCGGCAGCGGCAGCGGCGGCGGCCGGAUCGGCAGCCGGAGCCAGAGGCGCAGCGGCUCCGGGCCGGGGGGCUGGGCGUGAGGGUGCGAAACGCGGCGGCGCAGCUGCUGGCGGCAGUAGCAACGGCAGCAGUAGCACCACCGGAGGCGACGGCAGUACCAUUAAUGCCGGUUGGGUGGUUGAGGACGCGUUCGGUGAUAUCCGCACCGCAGCUGUCGACAACCUACUACUGCCGGCGCUCCUGCUACAGCCGCUGCACGCGGCCUGGCCCCCGGACUCGGGCGGGGCUGCAUCAGCAGGGGCUUUCGGCACCCCGGCGCAGGCGCUGCUACAGCCGCUGGCGAACGCAGCGCUGGCGGCGCUGGUGCGUGCCGGGCUGCUGUCGCCGCCGCUGCUGAGCCGCCUGCGUGGCGUCGUGUCCGGCCGCUACUGGCGGGCCCAGCAGCAACAGCAACAGCAGCAGCAGCAACAUCAGCAACAGCACCAACAUGGCGACAUCGAUGCCGAGCUGGCGUGGCAGCUGCUGCUGCAGUGGGCGGCCCACACGGAGGCUUCCAUGGCCGCCCUGGACCCAGCCGCCAGCACCACAGCCGCCGCCGCUGCGGCGGCAGCGGCGGCCGGAGCGUGUGACGUAGGAGACGUGACCAUGUAUGGCGCGGGCGAGGGCUGUGUGGGCAUGGGUGCUGUGGUGGUGGAGGCGGCGGCCGGGGCGCUGCUGUCGCCUGUGAGCUCGGCAGCGUUCCAGUCGCAUGCGGUGCCGGUGCUGCUGCUGGCGGUGGCGCGGCGCGCCUGGGAAGGGGGGCUGUUGGGGGCAGGGCAGCAGGGCUGGGGCGGGCCGGGGCCGCUGCAAGGCUGGCUGUCGGUGGGGCGAGGGGCGGCGGGCGCUGCAGGUGGAGGUGGGGAUGGUGCCAGCUGGGGCGGCAUGUCGGGUGUGGGCGAUGAAGAGCUUCUGCGGCUGUUGGACAACCAGUUGCGGGGCGCGCGCGAGCGACCACUUCCGCAGCGGUGAUUGAUGCGGGUUAAGCAUGCGGGGUCAUUCUGGGGCAGGUUGACGGGUGAAUGGAUGAUACAGUAGGAAGUUUCGUCAACCAUGGGCAGGCUGUUGGCGGGUUGAGCCACUUGAUGGCAUCAUACCGGUCCUGUAAGCAUAAGAGCAC